UUAGUUGCACAAGUUUUGCUAAAUGAAGUUAAAAAAUGCAAAUCUCACUAAAUGAGAUCAAAACUGUGGAAAAAAGAAUUCGCUGCAUGUGUACACAUUUCGUGCUUCUAGUGAUUUUCAUGGAUGUGACUGCUAAUUUACCCUUAUAUAAUCUUACAAUGCAUAAUAUCUCAAAAGCGGUAAAGCACCUCUACCUUCCAGGCUUCCAUUCCAGGUAAGCCAUUUGACAUCUCCAAAACUGACACCUUUUUCUUGUGAUUUGCCACCGAUAGUACCACAACAGUAUAGAUCCGUGGAUGGACUCAUGUGUUUGGUUUGUGCAUCCUCGCAUCCAAAGUUUCGGUCUUUAUUUAGACUGUGACCAAUUUCUUUUGCACGUGUGCUCGCUGUUUUCCAACUUCAAAUACAGUACUCUACUUUUUCUUGUCAAUCUCGUGAGCAACUAAGCUCUGACAAAAUUUGCACAUUUGGUUGGUGCCGCAAACAACUCCGUCCCAAAACAGCAGCUGGCCCUGCCGCAGUGCUGGUCAUGGACACCACCAGAGAGAUACUGGCGCAGUCCACGUCUUCCAUUCUCAUCUCAUGGAACGGUCAGCCAUCGAGCUCCCCGACUUCCAUAAGCCCGUCUCGAUCUCAAGUCAUGGACUCAUCGUCUCAGGCCUCCUCGUUUGCCGCUUUGGGUUGAUCGGCCGGGUAGGUGGCGACUCGGCGCGGCUGGGCUUGGUAGGUGCCCACCGGGCAACGGCGACUCCCAGCACCAGCAGCACCUUGACCGUUUCCCAAUGCACGCCGCUAACAACCCCCGGUUUGAUUCUUCUGGGAUCAGAUGCCCCCAAACCUACUACCACGGCACCUUUCGUCCUUCCCGAGUCCCGAUUUAUACCACCAACCGUCGAUCAAUCAUGCUGCCUGCUGUUUCCCAUUACCAUGUGCGGUAAUAAGACGCGUCCUCUGAUCUCUGCGCAUCUCUGAGCUUUUCAGGCUUUCACCUCCUUCGCGCGGAUCACUGGGUCACAUGGCGUCGAUGAGAGCAUGCGUGUCUCUGAAGCCGGCCGUGAGCCCGGUCAAGUACAGAUCCACGAGGGUCGGGGCGGGCAGCUUGGAGCCGAGAAGCCUGCGGAUAUCCUCCUCCUCUUCUUCUUCCUUGGACUCAGCCGCGGCUGAUGAUUGCAGAGGCGUCGGUUGUGCCAGCAUCAGCGGGAGGGGCGACGGUGUUGCUGCUGCUGCUGCUUCUUCUUCUGGUUUGGUCGGCGAUGGCGGGAGGGCGAGGAGAAGGGGCGGCGGGCGGCAGCGGCAGGUCGUCGCCAUGUGCAGCGCCAGCAUGGAGGGGGUCCGGCUCGGCGGCGCCUCCGCCGUGGCGGGCAGCGUGCCGGCGCCGGCGUCGGCGCUGCCGGAGCGGGCCAAGGUGGUGGCGCUGGUGGCGGCCGUGAUGCUGCUCUGCAACGCCGACCGGGUCGUCAUGUCCGUCGCCGUCGUGCCGCUCGCCGCGCAGCAUGGCUGGUCGAGCUCCUUCGUCGGGAUCGUCCAGUCAUCAUUUCUAUGGGGAUAUGUUUUCUCAUCCAUGGUUGGAGGAGCUUUGGCAGACCGAUACGGGGGGAAGAAGGUGAUGGCAGGCGCUGCUGUACUCUGGUCGUUGGCCACUUUCCUCACUCCAUGGGCUGCCUCUAAAUCGGCUGCGAUGUUGCUUGCUGUGCGUGUACUCUUUGGCCUUGCUGAAGGCGUCGCAUUUCCGACAAUGAGCACUUUCUUACCUAAGUGGUUCCCAACACAUGAACGUGCCACUGCUGUUGGCAUUUCCAUGGGAGGAUUCCAUCUUGGAAACGUGCUAAGCUUCCUAGCAACACCGAUCAUCAUGUCACAUAUAGGCCUCACUGGAACAUUUGCCUUCUUCGCUUCACUUGGUUACUUGUGGCUUGCUGUAUGGCUGUUGAAUGUAGAAAGUGAUCCUAUCGAUAGCCGUACUAUAAGCAAAUCUGAGCUGCAACUAAUUCUAGCCGGAAGAAGUGGAUCAAAAGUCAAAGGCAGCAAAUUCCCAUCCUUGAGAGAAGUGUUGUCAAAGAUGGAAAUGUGGGCCAUCAUUGUUGCUAAUGUGAUAAACAACUGGGGAUAUUUUGUCCUACUAUCAUGGAUGCCAGUGUACUUCAAAACGGUUUAUAAUGUCAAUUUAAAACAAGCAGCAUGGUUCAGCGCCAUACCUUGGGCGGUCAUGGCUCUAUCAGGAUAUGUUGCAGGUGCCUCUGCAGAUUUUAUGAUCAAAUCAGGUUUCUCCAUUGUGCGAGUUCGGAAAAUUAUGCAGUCAAUUGGUUUUAUCGGGCCAGGCGUGUCACUGCUGUGCUUAAGAUUUGCCCAAACACCAUUGGUUGCAGCAGUUAUCAUGACCGCCGCCUUGGGUCUGAGUUCCUGCAGUCAAGCCGGGUACUUCUGUAAUGUACAGGAUAUUGCUCCUAAAUACGCUGGAUCUUUGCACGGGAUGACGAACGGCAUCGGGACAGUGGCUGCCAUAGUUAGCACCGUAGGAGCAGGUUACUUUGUCCAGUGGCUGGGAUCCUUCCAGGCCUUCCUCACCCUUACGGCGGUGCUUUACUUCAGCGCCACUGUCUUCUACAACACCUACGCGACGGGAGACCUGAUUUUUGACUGAUCUGACAAGAUUCUUUUUCGUGUAUAAUGUCAUAUGUACAACUACAGCUUGUAAAAUCUCUUCGCCUCCGCUGAGUGGAGCCAAAGAAAUGAAUAAAAUCAAGAUUUUCCGAUUCA